AUGACUUCAUUUUCUUCACAGCCAGCGUACACGUUGGUUUUUGAUCCUUCUCCGAAUAUGGAGACUUACUCAAGUACCGAUUUUCAGAAGGCUCUUGAAAAGGGAUCUGAUGAACAAAAAAUUGAUACGAUGAAAUCAAUUUUAGUUACAAUGUUGGAGGGAAAUCCAAUGCCUGAAUUGUUGAUGCACAUAAUAAGAUUUGUCAUGCCUUCUAAAAAUAAGGAAUUGAAGAAGCUUUUGUACUUCUACUGGGAAAUUGUUCCCAAAUUAGCUGAAGAUGGGAAAUUGAGACAUGAAAUGAUUCUUGUCUGUAAUGCCAUCCAGCACGAUUUGCAACAUCCUAAUGAAUAUAUUAGAGGUAACACAUUAAGGUUUUUAACAAAGUUGAGAGAGGCCGAACUGUUGGAACAGAUGGUUCCUGCUGUCUUGGGGUGCUUGGAAUACCGUCAUGCAUAUGUUCGCAAGUAUGCUAUCUUAGCAGUUUUCUCUAUUUUCAAGGUUAGUGAACAUCUACUUCCCGAUGCUAGAGAAAUCAUCAAUUCGUUCAUAGUGGCUGAAACUGAUCCAAUAUGUAAAAGAAACGCGUUUAUUGGGUUAGCUGAAUUAGAUCGUGAAAAGGCCUUACAUUAUUUGGAGAACAACAUUACUGAUAUAGAGAAUUUAGACCCUUUAUUACAAGCUGUCUUUGUUCAAUUUAUUAGGCAGGAUGCAAACAGGACUCCUGCUUUGAAAGCCCAAUAUAUCGAACUAUUGAUGGAACUGCUUUCCACCACAACUUCCGACGAAGUUGUCUUCGAGACCGCAUUAGCCCUAACUGUGUUGUCCGCUAAUCCAAAUGUCUUAGUUCCUGCGGUAAACAAAUUGAUUGACUUGGCCGUCAAGGUUUCUGACAAUAACAUUAAGUUAAUUGUUCUAGAUCGUAUUCAAGACAUCAACGCUAAUAAUGUAGGUGCUUUGGAAGAAUUGACCUUGGAUAUUUUGAGAGUCUUGAACGCAGAGGAUCUAGACGUCCGUUCAAAGGCGCUUGAUAUCUCAAUGGACUUGGCGACAUCCAGGAAUGCUGAAGAUGUUGUUCAGCUUUUGAAAAAAGAAUUGCAAACAACCGUAAAUAAUCCAGAUCAAGACAAGGCAAUGCAGUAUAGACAAUUGUUAAUUAAAACUAUCCGUACGGUGGCAGUAAACUUUGUAGAAAUGGCCGCAGGUGUUGUUUCCCUGUUAUUAGAUUUCAUUGGUGAUUUAAACUCAGUUGCCGCUAGUGGUGUCAUAGCCUUUAUCAAAGAAGUGAUCGAAAAAUAUCCACAACUUAGAGCCAAUAUCCUUGAAAAUAUGGUUCAGACCUUAGACAAUGUAAAAUCUGCUAAGGCUUACCGUGGUGCGUUAUGGAUUAUGGGUGAAUAUGCUGAAGAAGAAAGUGAGAUACAACAUUGUUGGAAGCACAUCCGUAAUAGCGUAGGUGAGCUUCCUAUUCUUCAAUCAGAAAUAAAGAAGUCAACACGAAACCAAGAAGAUGCCGAAGAAAAUGAAGUUGACGCUACAGCCAAGCCAACUGGCCCAGUUAUUCUACCAGACGGUACAUAUGCCACUGAGAGUGCCUUCGAUGUAAAAACUUCUCAAAAGUCUGUUACUGAUGAAGAGCGUGAUUCUAGACCACCGAUCCGCCGUUUUGUUUUAAGUGGUGAUUUUUACACAGCUGCCAUUUUGGCCAAUACCAUCAUCAAACUUGUUUUAAAAUUCGAAAAGGUUUCUAAGAACAAAACAGUCACCAACGCUCUAAAGGCAGAAGCUUUAUUGAUUUUGGUUAGUAUUGUAAGAGUGGGUCAAAGUUCUCUAGUAGAGAAAAAAAUUGAUGAGGAUUCUUUAGAGAGAGUUAUGACAUCUAUUUCCAUUUUAUUGGAUGAAGCUAACCCUGAGGAAAAGAAGGAAGAAGUUAAACUUCUGGAGGUUGCAUUCUUGGACACCACCAAAUCUUCGUUCAAGAGGCAAAUUGAAAUUGCAAAGAAAAACAAGCAUAAGAGAGCAUUGAAAGAUAAUAGCAAAAACAUCGAACCGAUUGAUAGACCGAUUUCUUUCAGGCAAUUUGCCGGUGUAAAUUCUACUAAUGUGCAAAAGGAUAGUAUUGAAGAAGAUUUGCAACUGGCAAUGAAAGGGGAUGCGAUCCACGCUACUAGCAGUUCUAGUAUUUCUAAGCUUAAGAAGAUCGUACCUUUAUGCGGAUUUUCUGACCCGGUUUACGCUGAGGCUUGUAUCACAAAUAAUCAAUUUGAUGUUGUAUUAGAUGUUCUUCUUGUUAAUCAAACGAAGGAAACAUUGAAAAACCUACAUGUGCAAUUUGCAACUCUUGGUGAUUUGAAAAUUAUUGACACACCACAGAAGACUAACGUCAUUCCUCAUGGCUUCCACAAAUUCACCGUUACUGUCAAAGUUUCUUCUGCCGACACUGGUGUCAUUUUCGGUAAUAUUAUUUAUGAUGGUGCGCAUGGUGAAGAUGCUCGCUAUGUUAUCUUAAACGACGUCCAUGUUGACAUUAUGGAUUAUAUCAAACCAGCCACUACUGAUGAUGAACAUUUCCGUACUAUGUGGAAUGCAUUUGAGUGGGAGAACAAAAUAUCGGUCAAAUCACAACUACCAACAUUGCAUGCUUAUCUGAAAGAACUGGUCAAGGGAACAAACAUGGGUAUUCUAACACCAUCCGAGUCGUUAGGAGAAGAUGACUGUAGGUUCUUAAGUUGUAAUCUGUAUGCAAAAUCAUCUUUUGGUGAGGAUGCGCUAGCCAACUUGUGUAUUGAAAAAGAUUCCAAAACCAGUGAAGUUAUAGGUUAUGUCCGUAUCCGUUCAAAGGGACAAGGUUUAGCUCUGUCCUUAGGUGACAGAGUGGCAUUGAUUGCUAAGAAGACCAAUAAACUUACUCUCACUCAUGUUUGA